AUGAUGAUGAUGAUGAUGAUGAUGAUGAUGAUGAUGAUGAUGAUGAUGAUGAUGAUGAUGAUGAUGAUGAUGAUGAUGAUGAUGAUGAUGAUGAUGAUGAUGAUGAUGAUGAUGAUGAUGAUGAUGAUGAUGAUGAUGAUGAUGAUGAUGAUGAUGAUGAUGAUGAUGAUGAUGAUGAUGAUGAUGAUGAUGAUGAUGAUGAUGAUGAUGAUGAUGAUGAUGAUGAUGAUGAUGAUGAUGAUGAUGAUGAUGAUGAUGAUGAUGAUGAUGAUGAUGAUGAUGAUGAUGAUGAUGAUGAUGAUGAUGAUGAUGAUGAUGAUGAUGAUGAUGAUGAUGAUGAUGAUGAUGAUGAUGAUGAUGAUGAUGAUAAAAACAAUCAGAGAUUAA